AUGGCGAAAUUCGUCGAUUGUUUUAUGUUGAUGGGCACUGCCCUUUCGCUUCGCCCAGAAAUGGGACGCCCUCUCCUGCAAGAUGUUGGCACAACUCGGGUGAACCUCUCCUUAAUGAUCCAGGAAUUUAAAAUUUUUGAAAGUAAAUACUUGGAGAUCGAGUUAGGGGGCUUGCUGACCCAGCGAUGGAUCGAUCCACGUCUUGGGGCGAAUAUCAGGACCCGGAAAAUGGCAAUAAAUGGGCAAAUUUGGAAACCUAAAAUCGUAAAUGUAAUUGGAGAAAGGAGAAAAAGUGUUGAAGACAGCGCUUUUUGGAGGGGUUUUGAGGAAAAUGUUGUCCUGAGCGAAAAAAUCAGCGUUAGGAGUUUGUGUACUUGGGAUUAUCACAAAUUUCCGUUUGAUACACAAAUGUGUGACGUUAAAUUUGGAUCGUUUAGGUUUCCUGCUGACGAAGUUGAGUUAAUUUGGGAUUUGACGGCGGUACAAGUGACCGCAAAUUUGGAUUUCAAUGACUUUGAGAUUAAAAAUAUCGAAACAAGUGUUGAAAUCGAUAUAAGAAGUGAAGUUUUUUAGGUAAUUUCAGUGUUGCAGUUACACAAUUUGUUCUAAAACGCCAAUCAAAACAUCACAUUUUUUGCGUUUUUUUGCCUCUAUGUCUUCUCAGUUUACUCAAUUACUUAUCGUUUUGGAUGAGUAAGCAGUUUCGACGUUUUUUCAAUGUUAUAGUUUUAAUUUGCGUAUUAAUUUCGUAUCGUAUGUCAUGUUUUACGCACCCGACGCCAUAUUUGAAAGCAAGCGAUAUUUUUAUUUUAAUUUGUGGUUGUUUUUCCCUAAUAAUUCUUACCGAAACGUUUUUUAUGGAUAUUAUUACGACUUUGGACGACUUCCACUAUCCUAAGAAGAACUCAAAGUGGGUCUUAAAGCUCUCAUACCCAAUUUUUUACAUCUUUGUAAUGGCACUGUACGCAUUUUGGUAUUUGUGAUUGUAAUAAAAGUUUCUUAUUGAAAAAAAUGGAAUUGUUGCACUGAUUCGGGGAAAUACCCGGCCCUGGCAACAGUUAGGGGGUCACUGGUUUGAUGCUCCUCGGCCGGCAAGGCAGUCCGCUGCUCUGUCAGUGUCAGAUUGACAUAUGUUGGUUCAAAUCUGUGCUUUUUAUGAAUAAAUAUCAAAAUAUAAAUAAAUAAAACGCAGGUGGACCUUUAUACAGUCGCAAAAAUCCCACCGUUAUGUCUUUGGACGCCUUUAAACGCCCACCAAACCUCUAACCUCCGUGCAAAACAA